GGGGACUGGAGGCCGCCUCUCGUCUCGAACCAGAUAUCCUAGCGGUUUCCCGGCGAAGCCCCUUUCUCCUUGAGAGUGGGAAUCGGAUCUCCGGCGAAUUUGACUGCCUACUUUUUCUGCUGUCAAGUUGUGGAUCCGACGGCGCAAUAGCAGCCGGACUGGGUUUUCUGCCAUUCUCAUUUUCCGGAAUCGAGGAGAAUCUCCAGCGCCUUUUGUUACGCCUUAGCCGAGGGACCGACGCGGGAAUACCAGGGAAACGAACGUUCUUUCUCACUCUGUCCAUCUGAAAACUCGGUUAUUUUCCACUCGGCUGCUGCAUUUUUCCUCGAGUGGUUGAAAGCUAGCUGUAGGCUAUAUAGUGCUACGGGUCGUCAUUUACGAGACAUUAGUUUCCGUUGAUCGUUCUAGGUUAUCCGUCGACUUAACUCGAGGUUGUUUCCUUUUGUUAUAUUGAUUCUGUGGGCUGUGGAUAGUGUGUGGCGUUACCAAACAGGAAUCCUUCAAGAAGGUUGUGAUUUGGAUCGUGUUUCUGAGUCCUGAUUAAUGGCGGUUUCUUCACUGAGGUUCGGGUUGGCUUCAGCCGAAUUCGGGAGCUUACAGAGCAAUCGGGAAUUUAAUUUGCUAGGAUUUAGCUUACCGGCGGGAUUUAGACGCAUGCAGAAUGGAGUAACUUUAGUUUCAGGACAGGAGUGCAGGUCCAGGGUUCGGGUUCAGAGUUUUAGUGUGAGGAGCGAAAUGAGCGUGCAGAAAGAAGCAGUAGAUGUGGUGACCCCUAAGAAGGUUGAAGGUGCUUCAUCUUCUGACGGAUUUAUGGUGAAGGAUGAACAAAUAGUGUUGCAGAAAAAGCUGGAGGUUGACAAUGGGCAUGGUGGAGGCUCAUUUGGCGGUGUGGGUGGUGAUGGUGGAGAGGGAAGUGGAGGAGGGGGCGGAAGGGAUGAUGGCGAUGGUGGGGAAUUUGACAAGGGUGACGAGGAUAUGGAAGAAUUCGGGCCGAUUCUGAAGUUUGAUGAGGUGAUGAGGGAAAUUCAAGCCCGAGGAGCGACUCUCCCUGCUGACAUGUUGGAGGCAGCGAAGACGGUCGGCAUCCGUAAGAUCAUUCUUUCCAGAUACUUGGAUCUGCAGGGGUCAGUUUGGCCUCUUGGUAGAGCAAUUCAAUCUUGUGGAAUGCUUCGAAACAGGAUGCUCGCAGACCCUGCAUUCCUAUUCAAAGUGGGAACUGAGAUAGUUAUAGACUCUUCUUGUGCAACGUUUGCUGAAGUUCAGAAGAGGGGAAAGGACUUCUGGCAAGAAUUCGAGCUUUAUCUUGCCGAUCUUCUGGUUGGUAUCGUAGUUGAUAUUGCUCUUGUUGGUAUGCUCGCACCAUAUGUUCGCUUCGGACGACCACCUGUGGCUAAAGGUUUCCUUGGUGGAAUACAACGUACUUGUGGAGCUCUGCCUAGUAGUGUUUUUGAGGCUGAAAGACCUGGGUGUAGAUUUUCAGUCCAACAAAGGAUCGGCACAUUCUUUUACAAGGGAGUGAUGUAUGCAUCAGUUGGAUUUGUAUGUGGAAUUAUUGGCCAAGGCAUUGCAAAUAUGAUCAUGACUGCCAAACGGCAAAUUAAAUCAUCUGAACAUGACAUACCUGUACCACCUCUUGUCAAAAGUGCAGCUCUUUGGGGUGUCUUCCUUGCAGUCUCUUCUAACACUCGUUAUCAGAUAGUGAAUGGCCUAGAACGUGUGGUUGAGGGGUCGCCGCUGGCUCGACAAGUCCCUCCUGUUGCGUUGGCUUUUACUGUUGGAGUGCGAUUUGCCAACAAUAUAUAUGGUGGAAUGCAGUUUGUUGAUUGGGCUCGAUGGAGUGGCUGCCAGUGAGGAAUUACUGUUCACUACAGUUAAAAGAUUUGUUUUUGCAGGAAAAAUACUUGAUGAUGUCGAAUUGGUUGAGGUUCUUCCGUAGAUCCAAGGUGAGUUGGCAGUGGGAAUGAUGACCUUCAAGUUGAAGAAGGUUAAUACUUGGGGUCCUGUACAAGCAAGCAGCCUAUGAGCACCGUAUAUCUGCCAUGGAGGAAAAUGUAAUCCUGUAAACUAUUGUUUUUCAUGGCUUAAAGAAGUAAGGGGGAACUCAAGGGGUAAAAAAAAAAAAAAUCUUCGGCAAUAAAAAUCUUCAGUAGAUUAAA